AUGUCUCGCGGGCGUGAGGGCGGGGUCAGUGCUGGCCCCUUCCUGGCGGGAGCGGGGAGGAGGCGCCGCGGCGGGCGCCCUUCCUUCCUCUCGGGGGCGGCGGGCAGCCCCUUCCCGCUGUCCGCGCUGCGUCCCGGGGGCGGGGAGGGAUGGCCCGGGCUCUGCGCCGCCCCAAACCGUGCUUGUCCCCCCUCUACCGCGCGGCCGCGGCGCAUCGGCCGCGGCACCCCCGGCAUCACCCGGGCUGAAGCUCCUUCCCGAGAUUUAACCACCGAAAGCCCUUUUAGCCGGGCCCGCAGGCAGAACCACGACAGUGACGAUGAUUCCUACGAAGUGCUGGAUUUAACAGAAUAUGCCCGGCGUCACCAUUGGUGGAAUCGUCUGUUUGGCCGGAAUUCAGGACCAAUUGUCGAAAAAUACUCUGUAGCCACGCAGAUUGUGAUGGGAGGUGUGACUGGCUGGUGUGCGGGAUUUUUGUUCCAGAAAGUCGGAAAGCUUGCAGCAACUGCAGUAGGUGGUGGCUUUCUUCUGCUUCAAAUUGCUAGUCAUAGUGGAUAUGUACAAGUUGACUGGAAGAGAGUUGAAAAAGAUGUAAACAAAGCAAAAAAACAGUUAAAAAAGCGUGCAAAUAAGGCAGCUCCUGAAAUCAACACUCUAAUUGAAGAGUCAACAGAAUUUAUCAAACAGAACAUCGUGGUGUCCAGUGGAUUUGUUGGAGGCUUUUUGUUGGGCCUGGCAUCGUAAGGAGCUGAACAUCUCUUCCUGAUGGGAUCCRUGUCGGCAAAGAACAGUUGUGGUGACACACUGUCUGCAAGCAGUGUGGGUCACUGGGCCUGCCAGAGCAAGACAAGUGGACUAGCUAGACAACUUGGGAGCUUUUACAUUUCAGGCUUUUGCCUCUUGAAGCUUGGCAAAACUAGGAUUUGCUGAAAAACUGUGCAGUGUGCUCAUUAUAGCAUUUCUGGGCAAAACUGGUUCAUCCUCAUCAUGACUCUUUUUAUCUAUGGCCUUUCAAGAUUUAGCAUUUUUUUAAAUGUUAUUCUUGGAAUUUAGCUGUGUAACCGUACUCUAAGAAUGAAAGCUCCAUUUCUAUGUUUUUAGUUAAAUAUUGUUUAUUUAAAAGGUAUUUUUCUUCAUGCUGUAGUAGGUAGUAUCAAUGACUACAUACUGUAUAUGAUAUUGUAGUUUCAGCCUCAUGGCUGUCCAUCUUCUUUAGAGGUCACUGCAAUAAUUACCAAUCUGUAAUACCUUUUUACAGAGUAUUAAAUAAYGAAGAAUCAUGAGCUUAUUAAAGGUGAAAAUUAACUUUGA